AUGGCUGCAAGUGACGAAUCAAAUUAUUCUAGCAAUGAGGACGACAAUCCCAAUUUUGCUGCAAAAGCCCAGGGGCGCCUUUUGCAGUUAAAGAAGGGGCGAGAUGAGCGCAUGAAUGCUAUUGUUCAGGAGUCAGCUACGGAGAUGGACAAGUUACGCACCAGCAUCGCCAGGUUUCAGCAAGAUCGACGAGCAAAAGAAGUCCGCGCCGUUGCCAUUUCUGUGACCAGGAUUAUUGAAGCAGUAGAGCGCAGGAAAGGCAUUGAGCAGCAGAUGGAAACACUCGUUUCUCGGCUGAUGAACAAGACUCAAGAGGUUGAGAGUAUGAUAAAAAUAGGCCUUCGAGGCAGGGAAGAUGAUAUGAAGAAGACUAAAUGA